CCGUUGUGUUUGAAUUGGAGAGACAGUUGCACACUGAACCAUGGUGAUUGCAGGUGGGAGAAUGGUGAAGAAAGCAAAAGGAACGUCAUUUCUGGUAUUCCUGCUUGGUUUUCUGGUGAAGUUAAGCAUUGAAAAGCACAGCGAAAAAGUGUUCCGAUGCGAACAAGGGCUCUAGAAACUCUAGCCUCGUCUCCAAUACGAAAGAGGCAAAUCAGGGUGGUCAUAAGGUCAGUGAGUUGUACAUUGUUGCAGAAAGGAUGAUGCAGUAGGAGUAGGAGUUGCACAUGUUUGAAUAGUAUCCUCAGCUGCAAUCAUAUUUCGUUUGGACCACUGAGGUUAGUUACUUUUUCCCUUUUUCUCUUUUCAUCCUAUGCUGGAUCCAUUACUAUAUUAGACCAAAAGGUGUAGCUCAUAACCUUUCUACUUAAGACUGUCUAGUUCAACUGUCACAAUUCCUUGUGACUAUCUCUUUCAACAAUUGUUUUAACAAUUGUUCUACUAGAAAUCGUAAUUUUUUAUUGUGAUUCGGUCCAUCUGAUUUAUACUAUACUAUAAGAUAAUGUGCAACCUGCGACACGGUUCUCCUAAAUAAUUGUCAAUUAAGAAUUAAACUCGUGAACUUGGGUUGCUAUGCUAAAGUAGAAAACGUUGUCAUGGUUAACUAUAGCUUUUUUCUUAGUAGUAAGGGUUAUCCAGAACCCGUAAUCUCUGUCUCCCUAACAAAUUGAUAUCCAGAACAAGAAGAUCUUGGUACUUAGACAAAAGAAGAGAGUUUUUUUUCUCAUGGUGUAGUUUGCCAUCAUCAUGACGGCUCUCAACGAGCACAUUCCUAGAAAUUUGUUGUUCUUGAUAGCAAGAAUUGAGACAAAUGGAAUGUUUAGAUGAAUACAUUGUUUGGUUUCCAGGAUGUUCUUGAUAUUAUCAAGAAUGGUAAGGAACCACUUGUUGGACAUGCAACCUCUGCUUCCCUAAUAAUCCAAACCAUUACCUAAAUUUUUCUUUAUUAACUUCUCUUGUCCCUAACGAUCUUUGUCGGGAUGAUUUGGCCGUGAUUGAAUCCAAACCAUUACCGACGUUAUGUUUUUUGAUCCAAAAUAUUGGUUUACAUUUGUGUUUGGGAAAAGGGCUGUUAAAUGCAGCAUUUUCUGAUACUAUCAUGCAGAUGGGGACAACAAGAAGUGGUAAAAGGUACACUUCAGAAAUUUUGCAUUUUAUAUUUCGUUUUAUCUUUGUUGAAGUUUAAUGUUAUUUGAUAACAGCUGUUAGCCCAAAUAAAUACUUAGGUAUAGAUGUUCACAAAAAACUAAGAUACGAUAUGGAGAAAUGUUACUUUAUCAUACAGAUUUGGCUUAUGGCUUUAUAAUUUCUUUUUGGAGAAAUGUGGAUCAAAUACUGCAUACUGCCUUCUUCAGAAACACAAUUACUACCAUAUUUUCAUACUUCAAGGUUCGUACUUUCUUCAUUGUGAUGAUGUAUUUUUUUAAACAGAGUCAACUUACAAUUUUCCUUCCAUAACCUUGUAUGUUUUGUGGGACAUUAUGAAUGCAAUGUUUUGUAUCAUGGUUAGCCUCGAUUUUAAGCAAUGUUUUGAGUGUUAUGCUAAUUCGAAGUCACUAUUUACAACAUUAUGUCACUGAAGAAUUUAUUCAGUGUAGUGUAAAAUGUUUAAACUCUCCUCCAUUGUACAUAUAAGGUGGAGAAAUGAAUGGCAAUGAAACCAAUAUAUAGAAGUUUCAGAGUAAACAAAGAACGUGACAUUAGUACUUCUGCUGAUUCACAUGAAAUAAGGUCAAAGACUAUUUAAGAAGGCUACAGAGGAUUCUCUUAUGCUGCUUUAUUUUUAUUUUUAUUUAUUUUGUGUUGCUUUAAAGUUGAUUUAGUCUACCCUGAGAGCAUCCAUCUUUGACACUAUCUUGAAAAGAUUAAAAGAUCAUCAUUUUGUAUAAUUAUUUAGGUUUAAAGUAUAUUUUUAUCAUUGCAAAUAACUUACAUUAAAGGUGAUUGUAUAUUCUUAGUUAAAUACAUGUUGAAGACUCAGAACAAAUCCCUGUUUAUGACAUUGAUUCGAUUACUUGUAAAAUCUGAAUUACAUGUUUUCGGCUAUGUUGACUUGGUUCUUCUAAAUGUUUUCAUACAUUGUCUCUAAAAGGUUCAGGGGGUCAACUGUUUUAGUAUUUCUUCAGUCUGAACUUUGAGACAGAAAUUCUACAAAAGUUUUCAGCCAACCUUUUUGAAUCAAGAUUUCAAAAUAUUCAUUUAGAAAACAAGAAAAAAAUAAUAAUGAAAUAAGUUUUUCUACAUAAGCUAAAGCUAUAAUCACAAAUUCAAAACUUAACUGUUUGAAAAAAGUUAAAUGUAAGAACUGGUAUACAUAUUAAUUUAUCUCUGAAUUAUUUCUAAGUUUACGAAAAAAUCAUCUGUCAAAUUAGAACGAGUGAGAGAUUACAGAAGAGAGAACCGUCAAAAAAUGAGGCUAUCAGAGUCGUGAUCUAUCUUCAGUCUCAUAGCUGACUAUGAAAUAUACGAAAAGUCACUUUGAAUUUCUGAUUGGUAAUAAUAGACAACAAGCUCGUGCUAACAAAAUUAAUUAAGUAACUAAUAAAAAGUGAUUCCUUACCUCACUUUUCUACCGAGUUUAAUUCUGAUAAUUCAAGAACACCAAACAUGAGAGAAGAGAACCACUUAUAAAGAGCGUUUGGUUUCUGCCCUAUAAACCAACAAAACCUAAGCAAAAGCUUGUUUCUAUAAGCUCUUAUGGAGGCCAGUGGUUCUGAAUCGGCAUUGGAAGUCGCAGAAGGGUUGUCGAAGAUGAGUGUUGUGGACGAUAGCUUCUGCGUAACUUCCCCAACAGAAAUAACUGUGAGAAAGAAAUACUGCGGAGUGUUCUUAAAGCAAAGAUACAAAGCAUUAGACGUUAACGGUAAUCUCUUGUUCCAAGUUGAUGGCUCAAGCCUAGACGUUCGGAAGAAGAGAAUCAUGCGUGAUGCUGCUGGUUCCCCCAUACUUACAAUGCGUGAGAAGAUUAAUCUGAAAUCGCUGAGGCAUCGGUGGAUGGUUCACAAAGGAAGAAGCUCGGAGGAGAAGGAUCUGAUAUUUGGGGUUCAACGAUCGCACCCUCUUGACAUGAAGCCACGGCUUGAUGUGUUCAUGGCCACCAAUAUCAACGAAGCUAUCAGCAGUUUUCAACUUGUUGGGAGCCACAUCGAAAAUUCCUGCAAAGUUUACAAAGGAGACACCGUCAUUGCAGAGGUAAUUGAUGUAUAUCCGAGGAACAACUUCAGUAAUUGGACAGAAAGCUUUAGAGUCAAAAUAAAUGCAGGGGUGGACUAUGCUUUCAUUGUUGCUUUGCUUGUAAUACUCACUGUAAAUGAUUACAUAUAAUUGCAGAACAAAAUUAUUAAUUCCAUUGUAUCCAUUUUUUAAAAUGUUUGUCACAUCUUUAAAAUAUGUGUAUAUUAAAAAAUAAGUAACAUAACAUAUAGAUCAAUGGGGAGAGAGAUCCAAUCACAUAUACAAUGAACUUGCUUAUUUUAAUAAAUUUGUCUUCUGACUAUUCCACCAGAUGUGCCUUCACCACCAAUAUGACAGAAAACGAAUUGUUAAAGAAUUGAUGAACAAAAAACAAAACAGAGAGUGAAUAGUUUUUUAAAUCCAUGGAUGUGACGUUGACUAAGAUCUGUUCACAAUAAUGAACAUCACCAACUACCAACAUUUUAACAGGAAGUGUAUAUGCAACUGGGAUUAUGGCCCAAAUUUGUCACCUUUCAACAUUAAAUUA